AGCACAUACACGAAGAGCAACCCCCAAUCGAUCUUGUUAUUAUGGAACGAACAAUGCAAAUCAUCAUGUUAGCUAUAUUAAGCAAUCUCAUACCCAUACCUGCAUCAAGUGUUUGGAACGGUACCCAAGAAGAUUUAAGAAAAUUGGACGAAUUGUUAAGAAAAUACGAUCGGAGAGCAUUGCCAACUAGCCAUUUAGGGAAACCCACUGUUGUCUUUUGUGAGAUUUAUAUAAGAAGUUUCGGAUCAAUUAAUCCAGCUACAAUGGAUUACGAAGUUGAUCUUUAUUUACGACAAUCGUGGAACGAUACACGACUCGAGAGUCCAAAUGUUACUCGUGCAUUAGAUUUAAACGAUCCAAAUUUAGUUAAAAGAAUAUGGAAACCGGAAGUAUUCUUUCCAAAUGCUAAAAAUGCAGAUUUUCAAUACGUUACGGUGCCAAAUGUAUUGGUUCGAUUGAAUCCUGGAGGUAGUAUCUUGUAUAUGUUGAGAUUGCGGAUUUUAAUAUCUUGUAUGAUGGAUCUGUAUCGUUUUCCUUUGGAUUCCCAAAUUUGUACGAUUGAAUUGGCAUCCUUUUCUAAGACGACAGAUGAAUUGAAUUUGCAAUGGGCGGCACAUAACCCGGUUGUACUGUUUGAUUUUUUGAAGCUACCGCAGUUCGAAAUACAGGAUAUCAACACUUCUUUAUGUAAAGAAAAAUUCCACAUUGGUGAAUAUAGCUGUUUGCGUGCCGAAUUCAACUUGCAAAGAUCAAUAGGCCACCACUUAGUUCAGUCUUAUCUACCAACUGCUCUUAUUGUUGUAAUCUCUUGGGUAUCUUUCUGGCUUGAUGUUGAAUCAAUUCCAGCGAGAAUUACACUCGGAGUCACGACGCUUUUGACUAUUACUUCUAAAGGGGCAGGAAUCCAAAGCAAUUUACCACCAGUGUCAUACGUCAAGGCAAUGGAUGUGUGGAUGGGAGCUUGUACAUCCUUCGUCUUUGCAGCCGUAUUGGAAUUUACUUUCGUUAAUUAUUUAUGGAGGAAGCAUCCAAAUCGUGCCAAAGCUGAUACUAAAUCUGGAAAUUUAAUCUCUCUCAAAAUGAUGAACGGAAAAGAUGCGGCUACUAAAGAUCAAAGCAAUCCGGUACAUGUUGGAUUACCGUCAACAGAGAGCAAUCAGCAUCAAUUCCCAAUUCCGGAUGUCAACAUUCAUAAAAUUCAAGCCAAGCGAAUUGACCACUAUUGCCGAAUAGCAUUCCCAAGUUUCUUUCUACUCUUUAACAUUGCUUAUUGGCCAUACUAUUUACGGUAAUUGUGUCAAGGCGAACAUAUAUUUGGGAUCAAUUAUCAUCGAAGGAUAAGAUACCAAAGCACAUCUGCACUGUAGAUAUAGUCAAGCGCACUAUAAUCUUAGACGUUACUCACAUAGAAGCAGGGAUUUAAAAAAUAAAAAACUAACUCAUAACCUGAAUAAAUAUAUUAUUUAGCACUAUAAGAAACUAUGUUUUAAAUUCUUAUAUAUUAAAAUAGAUUAUUAUGCAAUAUAUAAAUGAGAGAUAUCUAUAAUUUCAUUCCAUUAUCAUUAAUAAUAUCGGCUUAUGCCAUUGUUAAAAUUUCAAAAGAAAUUAAAAUAUUUUUAUAUUUAAUAAGCUUAACUCUCGCUUAAUAUAUCUAGAUUCAAGUUUCAAUACUAAUGAGCUUAUAGAAAGAUCUUCCUAUAUCUAUAUCAGAGAUGGAACGUUAUUUACUAUCCUCUAUUGCGUGAGAGAGGAAGUAUCACGAUACUAAUAAACUGUUUAAUGGCAUUAAAAUGUUCUUCCUAUAGAUUUCUAGUUAAAUUAUAAAAUUUUACAGCUUAUUUCAUUCUGUUAAACGAUACAGAAAGAUUCGUAUUCUCUUCUCUUGAUUCAGAACAGAGAGAAUCCGAAUUGAGAGAAUCAGAAAAACGAGAAGAGAAGCAACAAAUAUACGUAUUAAAAUAAAAUUUAAAGUUAUUUCUUAAUAAAACGUAGGCAUAUUUUGUAUCAUUAUUUAAAUCACAACCUCGUAUUUGCAUUAAUAAUGUUAAACAAGCUAAGAUUAGAAUCUAGCAUCACAUUAUGCUUUUAAAUAUAUUAAUUCGAUGAUGAAGAGCUUCUUUAAUGUUAUAUCUUAAGGUCAUUUGGCCCUCCAAAAUACUUUUAAUCCUACAUUUGACUUAAUUUUAUAUGAAGUAACAAAGCUUCGGGAUAUAAAAUUAUUUAAUUCUUUUAUUAUUUGGUAAAAUAUUGUGAAAAUUAGCACAAUUCCGAUUG